ACUUUAUAUUCCUCUUCUUUUUUUCCCUCUCUUGUUCCCAACUCUCACACAACUAUAGCAACAUAUUCAAAAUUUAAAUAUCGUCAACUAUACUGAUUUAAUUUUACCAACUCCGUCCACAAACUCAAGUCAUCAACUUUCUUGACUUUCCAACAAUACACAUACACAUUAGCUCCCACAUACCUAAUUUUACUAUUUUACAUAGACGUCUAUUUUUGAAUUCGUCUCUCCAUAUAUAUAUAUAUAUAUGUUCAUGGAAGUGUUGAUAAUUUUAGUCAUGAUGUUAACUAUUAUUGUUAGAACAAAGGCUACAUGGUGUAUAGUAAGAAGUGAUGCAAGCAAUCAAGCAUUGCAAAGAGGUUUGGAUUAUGCUUGUAGCAAUGGUGCUGAUUGUGCACCAAUUCAAUCUAAUGGCCUUUGUUAUCUUCCUAAUACUAUUCAAAAUCAUGCCUCUUAUGCCUUCAAUAGUUUCUAUCAAAGAAACAACAUGGCUCCUGGCUCUUGCCAAUUUUCUGGCACUGCUACUUUUGCCAAAACUGACCCAAGUUAUGGAUCUUGUGUUUAUCCAGCUUCUCCAAGAUCUGCUGGAGGGCCGCUUCCUCCCGGAGUUGGAGGCCGUAAAAACACAAGUGGAGGAAUUACGACUACCCCAAUUUUAAAUUCACCACCACAAGUAAUUAUAAACCCUGUGUAUGGUAACAGAACGACACCGAUUACCGUGGGAUCGGAUGAUCCCAACUCUCUGGAUUCAAAAGCAACUUGUCCCAAGUUUUGGACAAUGGCAAGCUUAAUUCCAACAUAUUUGAUGUUUCUCAUCAUUCAUAAUUUUCAACUUUUGUAGGAGUACUUGAUUUAGUGCAAUUUUGAAACAAAUAAUGCAUUUAAACUUUAUUUGAAUAUUAUGAUGACAAGUGUUAUCAAAAUAUUGCUUCAAAUAGUCAUGCAAUGUAUUGCUCUCGUGU